ACCGUCUCCGCUCGGAUUAUCAAGCACUUUGGCGUGAAGCACCUCUCCAGCGGCGACCUGCUGAGGGACAACAUGCAGAAGAAGACAGGUUUUGUGCAAGACCAUAGAGCAUCAGAAUCAUGCUGAAGGUUGUGUGAGAAGAGGAAAUUGCAAGUGGAAAUAUCAUAUUGCUUGAAUUGAAGUGGGAGCCUGAAGUGAUGAAGAGAGAAGUGAUUAGGCAAAGAAUUCUAGAAGUGGGAAUCCUUGCCAAGUCCUACAUUGAUCAAGGGCAGCUUAUUCCAGAUCACAUCAUGACACAACUAAUGCUGAAUGAGAUAAAAGGUCUAGACCAGUACAAUUGGCUAUUGGAUGGUUUCCCCAGAACAGUUGCUCAGGCAGAAGCCCUCGAUAAAGAAUGUCACAUAGACACUGUAAUUAACCUGGACGUGCCAUUUGAGACCAUAAAGUGUCGGCUUACAGCACGCUGGAUCCACCCUGCCAGUGGCAGAGUCUACAAUCUUGAAUUCAGUCCUCCCAAAGUGCAGGGCAUUGAUGACAUUACUGGUGAGCAGCUUGUUCAGCGUGAUGAUGACAAGCCAGAAACUGUCAGCAAGAGGCUUCAGGCUUAUGAUGCACAAACAAAACCUGUUCUAGAAUAUUAUCGGACUGUUGAGCAGAAAUCAAUGUCCAGCCUGCAUUUCCAAUGCUACAGCUUCCUUGGUGUUACAUCACAUGCACAUUUUCACACUCCUGACAGGGAAAAAAGGGUUAUUGAAAUCCUUUUCUGGAACAGAAACCAAUAAGAUCUGGCCACAUAUCUAUGCUUUCCUUCAAACCAAGUUGCCAGACAUGAGCCAGAAAGAUGCUGCCAACCCCAGGUGAAAAUGGGUGAAACUUCUGCUCAUCUUUCAUAUCUCACUCCCGAUUACAUGAGAUUCUGCAAUCAAGGAUUUGUCCGAGUAGUCUACCAGACUCAUCAAUAAUUUAAGUCCAAUGCUGUCCUUAACUUACACUAUGGUAAAAUUUUGUUGCCUGUGGUUACCACUUCAGUGCUGUAUUUUUUUAUAUUAAAUAAUUUUAAAAAUA